AUGGUUUUACUCCACACACAGCAGACGAUCAAGUCCUUUUACAGUACUUUCGAGGUUCGUUGUGGGCUUUCCUUCCUUGUCUGUUCUAGCUUGUGUUUAAGUGUUGGCAAAGUUGCUCCGGCUGCUGUAUGGGCAUUCGAUUAUUGUUUGACUUUUGAACAUGAAGUUCGUCUGUUCAGCAGCAUGGGCUGUCGGAGCAUCGCGCACGCCAUGUUUAUCAUAACUAGAUAUGUUCCCAUAGCAUGGAUUACGAGUGAAAUAUACGUCACUCUUGGGCCACAAUCAGUGGAAACAUGCCUGACAACGUAUCGGACUGCUGGGGGUGCCCUGGUUCUCAUCAUGACGGCUACCGAAGGUCUGCUUCUUAUGCGUACACUUGCCUUAUGGCAUCAUAGCAAGAAGAUCAAACGAUUUUUAUUGGCAAGUUACUUGCUUGUUGCUAUCUCAAUGCUUACUUGCGCGGUGUCUCCGAAUUUCGAAAGCGUAUGCGCACCUACAUCAACUCAGAGCUCAGUAGAGGAGGCUACGAGAGUGGAACAGCUGAUUAUGGGCAUGUUCGUGAGCGCAGCGCUUUUUGAACUCACGGUGGUUAUUGCUACAACGUAUCACUCUUUAACAUUGCGCUCUGCUGGCAUAGGUACCAUCAAUAAACUGGUGUCGAAAUUGUGGAGGGGAAGUUUGCUAUAUGCGCUGUCGCUCUUUGCAAUCUCGAUUGCGAACAUUGUUUCUUUUUCUUUACCGGUCUCAAGCGGGCAGAGCGGUAUCAUUGAUGUGUUUCAAGGUGUCCUGCAUGGUGUUAUGGCUUCACGUAUUCUUUUUGAUUUGCGUGAUGCAGACCGGAGUGAAGAAGAUAAUUUUCAACUCACCUCAUAUGUGCCCUAUUCUGAUUUACAGUUUGCAUCGCACAACAUACCCAUGACUGCCUUGACUGCCUUACAUAACGAAAGCAAUGUAUGA